CUCUGUCUCUAUCUUUUUCCCUACUGUACUACUAGACCUCUAGAAUACUUUUUCAACUUUGACACCAAAGUCACAAACCUUUCUUUUCUUCAGUGCACAUUUCUUUACUUCUUUCUUCUGUUGCUGAUUUUCUUGCUUAUGGAGAGCCAAGAUCACAAAAUGACAACCCCAUCAGGGCAUGAGAAUCAUGGUACACAUUUAUGUCAUAAAUGUAGUUGGCCUUUCCCAAACCCACAUCCUAGUGCUAGACACAGAAGGGCACACAAGAAGGUAUGUGGAAAAAUUGAAGGAUAUAAGUUUAGUGAAUCCGAAGCAGGCAAUUCUACCCAUGCAGCUGUUUCUGAUGACGAGCAUCACUCAGAUGGAGAUCAGCAAACUCCAAGUCCUAUUGGUAAAAAGACAAGUGUUAAAAAUGGUAGUAGUGGUGAUAAAUCAUAUCGAUCAGAGGAUGAAACUUUCUCUGAUGCUUUCAUGGAGUUUUCUGAUAGUGGGAUCAGCCCUGGCAUGGAAGAGCGUCCGGAGAGUGUCAAAAGUUUGAACAUGAAUGUGAAAAAAGUUGAUGAUGAAUUAUUGAAGGCUGAUGCAAUUGGAGGUAUCUCAGUUUCUUUAAAUGACAACCAUCUCACUGCCGAAGUAAAUGAUCCAGAGUCACCUGAAAAUGCAACCAAUCAGCCAGUGGCAGAUAAAUCUUUGGGUUCAAAGCUUGACAGAUCAGUUGACUUGCAAGUGGAUGCUAGUGCUGUUAAAUCCGAGAUCCCAGGGGAUGCUUCUCUGCAGGAGAUGAAUGCAGCUGAAUCAUUUGAAGCCAAACAAAUGCAGAUGUCUUCUGAUCAGCCAAAUGAUUUGAAGGCGAUAGAAGAUAUCAAUGCCAAUGAAGUUUUAGCUGAUGCUGUUGAGGCUUCAGUCGAAGUGUCUCAAUCAGUGGUAUCUGAUACAGAUGAAAAGACGUCAAAUAAUGAAAGUUAUGAGUCAAAGCCACAGGAGGCAGAGGGAAAAUUUUCAGUUGUGGAGUCCAAGUUACUUGAGGCAGAGGAUCAAGCCACAGAAAAUGUUCCCAACAAAGCGGAACUACAGCAUAACGAGAGAGUUCCUGAUUCUACGGAGUUGAAAUUGGCCUUUCCCGAAUCUGAAGUUAAAUCUUUAGAUGGUGUGAAUGUAGAUAAGGAGCAUGAGCAACAUGAUAAGGCAGAGCAGGACGAACAGAGAAUCUCCACUGAACUUUCACCUAAUGCACCUACAUUGGAAUUGGAAGCUGUUUUGCCUAAUGAAAUAGAUUGUGGUCGUCAAAUGGAGCUUUCUGACUCAUUCAAAGCUGAUGACGGGAUGGAAGAUGUGCAUGUGAUGUCUCUGGCGAAAGAUUUACCUGCAUUAGACAACCCUGAACUGCUUAAAGAUUUUAAAGACUACAAUAAAUACAAAUCUAGUUUUCCAUUGGAUCUAGGCUCUUCUGAAGAAAUUUUCUCUGUCAAAGAUGACGUUGUUGCUGCAUCAGAGGUGACUCAAUCUUUUGUGGGCACUGGCAGGUCUGAUGGAAGCAUAUCCUCAGUAGCUUUGGAUGCUUCAGGGGAUCAGGUUAGUGAAGAAAAGGUGGCAGUCUCCGCAGAGGCUAUAACAGAUUCAAGCGAAUUAUCAUCCAAGCCGAAUACCUUCGAGUGUGGAGUGUCGAGCAUUCUGAACUCCAAUGGUCUUCAAGAGCCUGAAGACACUUCAAAGAAUUCUCUUUCAGAUGCCAAGCAAUCAACAGAAGUUGAUGAUCCUGUAGUUGAAAGAACUACGGUCACUCUCGGAGGAAGUGACCAUGGUGAACAUGAAAAGGUCGGAACCGAAUGCCCAAUUGUAGCUGGGGGUGAAACUGAGAAAGAAAGGACUGAGGAAAAGCUGGCAGGAGUUUCUGAAGGUGAUAAAACUAUCUGCCCAGUUGGAGGACAUAAUGACCGUGCUAUAGUUACAGGCACAACUGUGCAUGAAAGAAGGGAAGAAAUUUUUCAUGAAGCCUCUGAAGACGUGUCAAUUAGCAAUGAUGCCAAAGCAGCGGAGUCUGCAGGUGCAACUGGAUUGGAUUCCAAAGUAAUCAGUGAUUGUGACGUGAAAGAGCCCACUGAUUUGAACAGUCGUGUUGUUGAUACUGAUUUGAACAAUUGUGUUGUUGAUACUGAUUUGAACAAUGAUGUUGUCAAUACUGAUUUGAGCAAUCUUGUUGUCAAUAACUCUCCUGCAGGAGAUGUCCUUAAAAGUACCACUGGUGUCCUAUCAUCAGCCUUACAGAAUGAGGGUGAUGACAAGCUCAUAAAACAGAACGAAACUGUUUCUGCAAUGGAUACACCAAUUUCAUCGAGUAGCAGAGCCGAUAGCUUGGAUGCCAACUGGGGUUCUAUAUCAGUUCUUUCUACCCAGUCCGAGUCGACAGCCAUUCCUGAUGCCGAAACAACUGAUACUCAAAGACUCGAGAAGUCGGAGCAUGACUUGCAGAAACCAACUUCUGAAUCUGAGGAGUGCCAUGCUGACAAGUCGGAUGUUUACGAGCCUCCGUCUUUCAUGACAUUGGUUGAGUCUGGUGAAAGUAGUGCUAACAAGAAAGCCACUGCUUCUGAGAUUGAAACACAGCUGAACGCUCAACAGCCGAAAACAGAAUCUCUUAAAGCAGGGUGGUUCCCUUCUAUUACCAAUGUGGUGAAUGAAUCUCAAGGGAGAAAGAAGAAUGAGGAGAUAAUUGCAAAAGUGACAAACUGGAGUACAGGGAAGCAGCAACACACUCCCUUGAAAAGUCUACUUGGUGAAGCCAGAUCUCCAAACGUAAAACAAGUUCUGCCAUCAGCCAACAAGAAAGAUGAAACUGCCAGUACUAAGACAACGACAGUCAACUCGAUUCUGAGCUCAGAGGCACCAACUGCUGUCAGUAAAGAGGCACAGAAAGAAUGGAAUUCUCCCGCGAGGUAUCCUGUUGACAUCAAGAAGGAAAAGAGGAAGACGAAACCAUACUGGGUACCGUUUGUUUGCUGCUCUUCAGUACAUCAAGACGCGUAGUUCUUUUGUUGCGUGAAUUUGACAAUAUAUAUAUAUAUUCUUCUCUAUAUUAGGCUGUGUGCGUUUGAACUCCUUUAUUAGAAAAAAUGUUUCAACUGCAGAGGGAUUAUUCUUGUUUCUACAUGUAUAUUUGUUGGAUGCCUAGGUAAUUGCUUUGGGAAAAAUAUGGCCUAUUUGACUA